CAUUUCACAUUAGAUAAGACAACAAACACUAUAGUCUAUCACUUUGUCACAGAAUAGAAUUUUAGAAUGACUUUAUAACUGUAUGCAAUAACAUUUAAACGUUUAAAAUGGCGACAAUAUCCGAAGUAUUAAAAACUAAGACUGAUGACGAAGAAGAGCCAAAAAAAAAAUCACGUGAAGAUUGGAGGAAAGCUAAGGAAUUAGAAGAAGCCAGAAAAGCAGGAACAGCUCCAGCAGCUGUCGAUGAAGAAGGUAAAGAUAUUAAUCCACACAUUCCACAAUAUAUUUCAUCAGCACCAUGGUAUUACGGAACUUCUGGUCCAACACUCAAACAUCAACGUGUACCUGGUAAAGUUCAAGAAUAUUCAGGCCUAAAUGAAUGGUAUAAACGAGGCGUAAAUACUGAAUCUAUAAGCACCAAAUUUCGCAAAGGGGCAUGUGAAAACUGUGGGGCAAUGACGCAUAAAAAAAAAGACUGUUUUGAAAGACCACGUAAAGUUGGAGCAGUUCAUAAUUCUAUUAAUAUUGCACCAGAUGAAUAUGUACAACCUGAACUGAAUCAAGAUUUUGAUGGAAAACGUGAUAGAUGGGCUGGAUAUGAUCCUUCUCAACAUAAAGCAAUUAUUGAGCAAUAUCAAAAAAUUGAAGAAGCCAAACGUGAUCUUCGUGCUCAAAAACUAACUACUGCUGAUGGGGAUGAAAAAGAAGAUAACAGUUCUGCUGAUGAAAAUGAUGAAGAUAAAUAUGUAGAUGACUUUGAUAUGCCCGGAACAAAGGUUGACAGUAAACAACGUAUUACUGUUAGAAAUUUAAGAAUUAGAGAAGAUACUGCAAAAUAUCUAAGAAAUUUGGAUUUAUCAUCAGCUUAUUAUGACCCUAAAACAAGAUCAAUGAGAGACAACCCUCACAAACCUGGAGAAGAUCCUGAACAAGUGGAAUAUGCUGGUGAGAAUUUUGUUAGAUUCAGUGGUGAUACUACCAAACACGCACAAGCACAGUUGUUUGCAUGGGAAGCUUAUGAACGUGGUGUUGAUGUACACUUAUUAGCUGAACCAACAAAAUUAGAACAACUUAAAAAAGAGUAUGAAACUCAUAAAGAUCGUUUCAAAAAAAAAACCCAAAAUACAGUAUUGGCAAAGUAUGGCGGAGAAGAACAUUUACAAACACCACCUGUACAAUUAUUGCUAGCACAAACUGAAGAUUAUGUUGAGUAUUCUAGAAGAGGAGAUAUCAUUAAGGGCGAAGAAAAAGGAAUUGUGCGGUCACGUUAUGAAGAAGAUGUUUACCCGUCUAAUCAUACUUCUGUUUGGGGUUCUUACUGGGAAGCUGGAGAAUGGGGUUACAAGUGCUGUCGUUCUUUGGUACAAAAUUCUUAUUGCACAGGAAAAUCUGGAAUUGCACUAUCUACAAAUAUACCAGAAAUAGGAAAAAUUGCACCAGUAGUUGGAAAUGAUGUACCAGAAUCUAUUAUUACAUUAAAAAAUACUGUUGAUGGGAAUGAAUCAAUUACCUCUCGUGGUUCAUUAUCAUCGUCCUCAUCAGAUUCUGAUAGUAAGUUAAAAGAAAAAUUAAAGAAAAAAAAAAAGAAGAAGAAGAAGAAGAAGAAGAAUAAAAAUAAAAAAAAGACUAAUAAAGAAGAUAUAAAAGAUUCCUUAAAAAAGGCAUUAGAGAAAGAAGAUGAAAGAUUAAAAGAAGUGGAUCGAAUAAUGAAUAUGGACGAAAGAAAACGUCCCUACAAUAGUAUGUAUGAAGUUUCUAAACCAACUGAUGAUGAAAUUGAAGCUUACCACAUGAAAAAACGGAGAGAUGAAGAUCCUAUGGCUAAUUUUGUUUAGUUAUUUUAUUAAUUAAUAAAUACUAUUUUAUGUUGUAUAGCACCUAAA